UUUCUACCAGCCAACUGUUUCUACCAGCCAACUGUUUCUACCAGCCAACUGUUUCUACCAGCCAACUGUUUCUACCAGCCAACUGUUUCUACCAGCCAACUGUUUCUACCAGCCAACUGUUUCUACCAGCCAACUGUUUCUACCAGCCAACUGUUUCUACCAGCCAACUGUUUCUACCAGCCAACUGUUUCUACCAGCCAACUGUUCCUACCAGCGAACUGUUUCUACCAUCCAACUGUUUCUACCAGCCAACUGUUUCUACCAGCCAGCUGUUUCUACCAGCCAACUGUUUCUACCAGCCAACUGUUUCUUCCCGUCAUGUCAAGGUUUGCUUGUGUCCAUCACAUUGAAGUGGGCGUGGUCAAUGGACAAGCUACCGUUGACAUGUUGACGUCAAAGUACGGGUUCAAGGUCACGGCCAUUAGAAACAACAGUGUGGCCAAACAGUGGGUGCUGACCGGAAAUGACGUCAGAUUUUUAGUAACGGAGCUACUAACUUCGGACCAAAAGUUAAUAGAGGCUGACGAUAUAGCCGUGGACUGGAUGCCCUGUCUGUCCGGUCACGUGACCCAGAGAAAAGAUUCGGUCUUCAACAUUUCAUUUCAAGUGGACAACCUUGACCUUCUCUCACUCGAGCACGUGCAAGUGGUCAAGCCGGUCAAGACUCUAGCCGGGGGUCAGGUGCGUCUGCUGACUGCCCGGGGGUGUCUGGGCGAUGUCCACCACACAAUCGUCGAGAAGACGGACUUCUCUGGUCACUUCCUUCCCGGGUUUACAGGCCUGCCCGACACGACGCCCGACACGACGCCCGACACGACGCCCGACACGACAGAAGACUUGGCGGAGUUUGGCUGGAGCCAUUUUGAUCACGUGGCCUUGUCCGUACCCAUUGGUGGGUCAAGGUCGGUGAUGAAGUUUUACGAGAAGUUUUUAGGGUUCCAAAGGUUUCUGGUUAACAGGGAUGAGUCACCGGAGGACGGCCUUGUGUUGUCUCACCACCUGCGACUUAGGGCCAUGAGGUACCAGCGGGGUGCCGAGGCGGGCGCCCUCCAGCGGGGCGCUGAGACCGACGGCCCAGUCCUUGAGCCAACUGAUCAAUUCUGCCUUGUUUUGUCGGAAGCUCCCUCGCUAGAUGUGGCAGGGACCAACAAAGUGGAGCAGUGGAUGACGUCACACCCCGGGCCUGGCAUCCAGCAUCUGGCACUGUCCACGUCUGACAUCAAGCGUGCCGUACGUCAGGCCAGACGAUGCGGCGUUCAGUUUGGUCAGCCCCCGCCAUCUGCCUAUUACACUCAGGCAGGGAAACUGGCCGAUAUUCUGGAAGUCAACGAGAGUGUCCAAGACUUGCAGGAACUGGACAUUCUAAUAGACAAGGACCAGGGCAAGAGGUACCUCCUGCAGAUCUUCACCUCGCCUGUCCUGCCGACGGAUCCGUUCUUCCUGGAGUUUAUCCAACGGCACGGCGCGCUGGGCUUCGGUUCCGGCAACAUCACGGCACUCUACCGGUCCAUGCGCCACAUGGAGAACAUGGAGGUGACACUAAGUGCUGACCAAAUGGUGCCGGUGGUCACUCAAACUCAAUAGGCAGAUGUGUGUCGAUUGGCCAGAUAAAUUAUUUGUCAAUUUGCCAGAAAAUUAUAGUGUCAUUUAGCCAGAAAAUUAUAGUGUCAUUUUGCCAGAAAAUUGUUGUGUCAAUUUGCCAGAAAAUUGUUGUGUAUACUAUGAAACAACUGAGGUACACUACUUAUGAUUCAGUAAUCAGGUACACAUACACUAGACUGCUAACUAAAAAGUCUCGAGUUCGAAUCCGUGUUCAAGUUAGUUGAACCUAUCUAAGUCCACCCAGCCCUGGUGGGUACCUAACUCAAGUUAGUGACAGUAAAGUCUGUAAGGCAUAGUGCUGGUCACACUAUACCUUCAUACGCUCAAGUCAAAAAACUUCAUCUGCCCUAUACCGCCAGGUCUAAAGAGGAA